AUGGAUAGCAUCAAGUCCGAGUUCGCGGCCGCGCGUGCGGGCGAUCCAGUCGGGGCUACCUCGCAAGUCGAUCUGCCUGCCUUCCCUCCUCCUGCUACUGCUACCUCGUCUCACGUCGACCUCGCAUCCACGACUACUUCACCCACCAUCGACGAGGAGGUCCACGACACAUCCCCUGAGUCUUCCCUCGACAGCAACCGCCACGUCCCCGACACGGGCAUGGACGAGCACACAUGGGUGGAGGAUAUUCCAGAAGUCGUCACCGAGCUCGCCGUCCUCCCCGGCACCCCCUCCUCCACCACUGAGGCCCGGGUGGUCCCCCACGAUGCGUCCGAGGACUCCAUCAACGACAAGCCCGUGACCUGUUCGACAGAAUGCUCGAACCAGGACAACAACACGAGGGCGUUCCCACCUUCAGUCAUGACAGUGCCGCUCCUCUCAACAGCCGCACCAACGCUCGUCACGGAUCUCAUUCACUCGGGCACCGAUGCCGUCGUGCAGCCGUUCCGGAACCACGACCUGGACGUCUCGCCGGGGCAUGCAGGGCUGCUGAUACGGGCGUCACCAUGGCCAUCGUUUCUGGUGGAUCAUAUUGCAGAGGGAAACGAGGUCCGACCGACUCCGUGGUCAUCAUUUCAGAUGCAUUUUGCUGACGGCAAUGAUGUACGGCCCGUGCCGUGGCCGUCGUUUGCUGGUUCUCUUGAAGGCACGACUCUGAAUUAUGAAGGGCUGCUGUUGCAAGUUACUUAUGUGGUGCAGCGUUUGCCGGUUGCUCUGAAUUUUUUGAGAGAAUACUGGAGGUAUCUACCAAGUGUGCGACUGAAGUCGUUUGAAGUCAGUGUGCCAUUAGAGAAGUGUGAUUGUGUGCAUCUUGUAUCAGCAGACGGAAACGAGGUCCGACCCAUUCCAUGGCCAUCGUUUCUAAUUGGAAGGUUCAUGAAGCAUCUAAUUAUGUUAGUUCAAGUGCAUGACAGUGGUUUGAUUAGUAGUAGAUUUCUGAUGGAAUUAAGCCAUGUUGGAAAUCUUGUGUGUGGUCUUCUUGGAAACGACAUAAGGAUAUUCCCAGGUCAGCUCCUGUGUUUGUGGUCUUUGCAACAAGAUGAAGAUGAUUCAUGCCUCAAUACACAUGUGAAGCUCUUUCAUUACAGUAAACAGUGGUUUUCUGAACUUUGUGCAUUUGCUGAACAAGAGCAACUCACUUUCUUGGUUUCCACUAAGCACGAUUGUGGUAGUGAGAUGAUCUGUUAUUGUGCACAUCCCGGAACAAAUAGCAAUGAUUUCACCAUUCAGUCUGAUCUCCCUAGUUCUUUUGAACAAUUACAAUGUGGAGUUGCAUGGACUCUCAGUUUUGUGCGGAAAACAACUGUCUGCAGGCCCUGCCUUAGGCAUGAUUUUCAGUUUCUGCUACCAUCCAACAAUCCUCGAGAAGUGCAUGGUUUGUCUGAACUACAAAUUGUGGAAUUUAUUGAGCAUCAGUUUAUUAAUCAUGUGCACAUCAGUGAGUUGGCUGGCUGUUUUUGCCUUGAGAAAUUAUGGGGUGCUGGUGACAUUGUGCAUCAAAGCCAGGAGCAGUGGAACUUGUCGGAACAUCACUUUCUGGAGCAAGCUGCUACAUGUAAUAUUCCUUGGCAUGAGAAGUUGCUAGGGACCAUGAGGACCAUGAGCAUGUAUUGGCUAUUUUUGAGUCAAAGGGAAUAUAAGAGGAGUGACCAUCUUGAUAUGAACUGCAAUUCUAAACAAAUGAUUGGUGGUUCUGGAGCUAGAAUUCCGCUUACUGUACUACUGGUCCCUUUCGAGUUUCGCUCCUCAUUUGGUGAAAUAAUGCUGGGUGGAAAUGCUUAUCAACUGCUUAUGGUACAUAUCGCCACAGCCUUCCCAAGCGAUCUACCAGCGAAGUACUUGUUUGACGACACUACUGGACCUGUUCACCAUUUGAUACAGAAACCUAUUGUAGCUAAGUUGCAGCAACAUGUUACAGAGCCUGGGAAUUAUUUUGCAUUGUUUCAGCUGGAGUCCCCAAGGCCACUUAACAUCAUUAUUCUUGCUCAGUUGUCUUGCUUCAGUAAGAAAGCCAUAUGUAACGCCCUCGAUGCGGCUAUAUCUUCCACGUGUCGAAGCACGACUUAG